UAGUUUACAGGAUGGUUUAAAAGCUCCGGAAUGUGUGAGACUAGUACAAUUUCCUGGAAAAACUGUCACUUUUGCAGUUAUGUGGAACCCAGUGUUCAGUGACGAUACAUGUGAUCCCAUCUUAGGUUAUAUUGCGUAUUUGUGGGAGAUCAAGAAAAUUAAAGCGAUCAUUCAUUGCAAGGGACAGCCAGAAAUCGUGGAUUAUGGACCGGAAGUUGACAAUGACUUCAUACGAGGCGGUUUGCCUGUGAUCCGGUCAGUUCCAGCCGAUUCUUGUAUGGUGGUCUUCCGUAAACUGAAACCAGGAGUGGAAUAUGAAGCUAGAGUCAAGGCCUACACGGAGACCAGAGAGAGCCCAUUUUCUUGCCCGUCCAGGCUUAAGGGUUCAAUAUUCAGGAUGUGUUUUCCGGAACCGUGAUCUCCCAGGGUCUUGAUUUCUGCUAAGUUAAUAAAGUGACAAUUGGAUAACAAUGAGAGAUUUU